UUUUAUGCUUUCCGGUGGUUUAUAGAGAAAUAUCAGUGAAAUAAAAGUGGUAUUUCACUGUUUCAAACAGUGAAACAUAACAGUGAAAAAUAUCGUUAUUUUUCACUGUUUCAGUUAGAUACUGGAACUACUUCCCCAAUAACCCCAUGGUGAGCCUCAAUUGCAAUUUUCAUUCAAGGGAGACUAGUCUACUUGAACCUGAAACACACAUUUACCUCCCUUAAACAUAAUUAUUUCGUCUGCUGCUUAACUCUUUAACAACAAUGGAUGAAUUGGAAAACAAUGAAAUAAAUCUUCUUUUCUCAAGUAUCUUUGACUUUGAUGACUUUUUUAAUGAAAUGAAUGAACAAGAUGAUGACAGCGCUUCAAAAUCACAAGAAAUAACAUCAGCAGCACCAACAGCAGGAGCAGCAACAUCAGCCCCACAUCCACUGGUAACAGCAUCAACACAGGAAGAAAAAGAACAAAACCCAACAUCAACACCAACAAGGAAUUUCAGAUCUGUAAGUGUGGAUAGCUUUCUGCUUGAAAACGAAAAUUUAAAUACAAAAAAGAAAACCGACAAUGACAUCAGACUUUUCAAAACUUUCCUAAAAAGUCACAAAAAUGAGGCAAGAAAUAUUGAAACUAUACCUCCUCAUGAAUUGAACCCUCUGGUCUGCGAGUUUUUGUUGGGUGUGACUAAAAAAGAUGGAUCAGAGUAUGAACCCACAUCUUUGAGGGCAUUUUUAAGCUCAAUCGACAGGCAUUUAAGGCACAUGAACUACAAGCACUCUUUGAUAAAUGACCCUGAAUUUGCCAAAGUGAGGGAAGUAUUAAAAAGUAAACAAAAAGCUCUGAAAAAAGAAGGUUAUGGAAAUAAACCGCAUCAAGCCCAGGCAUUAACAAAUGAACAUAUUGAAGCUAUGUACGCAGCUAAAACUCUGGGAGAAUCAAGCCCAAGAGCUCUAUUACACUCACUGUGGCUUAUAUGUACAACCCAUUUUGGGAUGAGAACCGGCAAGGAAAUUCACACCCUAUGCUGGGGUGAAGUCAGCCUUGGAAUCGAUUUUGAAACUGGUGAAGAAUUCAUCACCUUCGACACUGAGCGUCAGACAAAAACCCGUACUGGUGAAAAUCCUAGGGAUAUAAGGAAAGUCAAGCCACGGGCAUAUGCAGUUCCCGAACAACCUGACAGAGAUCCGGUGCAUCUCUACAAGCUAUAUGCCAACAAACGCCCUGUUGACAUGAUGACAGAAGACAGCCCCUUCUUCUUAACUCCUGGCAACAAGACACAGCAAUGCUGGUUCAGGAAGUCUGCCAUGGGAAUAAACAAGCUAUACAGCAUAAUGACCGAGAUGAAAACAGAUGCUGGUAUUCAAGAGCCAAGAAUCACCCCAUACAGUGCAAGAAAGCACUUGAUUCAGAAGCUGAAUGACGAGAAUGUUCCUGCUCAUCAAAUAAUACAGAUUUCAGGGCACAGAAAUAUUAACAGCUUAAAUAAUUACAGCAGUUUGAACAAGGAACAGUCAAAAAAUAUUUCAAAAAUACUUUCUCAUUCAAACCAGUCAGUUGAAAAGCACAACCGCACAGCCACUGCCACUGCGUCAGCCACACCUGCAUCAAGUGAUUUUCCGAUGGCCCGAGGAUUUUUUGUCAACUCACAUUUCCAGGGCAAUGUAACAUUUAAUUUUCACAACUCUGAAUCUUACAUGGGCCUUUCCCAGACACAGAACGUAGUCAAUCACCAGAGGCAAUCUCCAUCCCGUACACCGGCGGUAACCGCAGAUUCCCCUGUACAGCGACACUACAAGCGAAUCCGUCUUAUUGCAGAGAGUGACAGUGAUUGAUAUCGAAACCAUUAAGCACAAAAACACUGUUGAAAUAUGUUUGCGUUCCUAGUUUAAUCCAGUUAUGUGUUAUUAAUCCAGCAAGUCGUAAAAGUGUUGUUCAACAUGGCGAGCACUUUCGUAACUUUGAGAUCAGUUGAAUACACAAAUUACUACGCCAGUAUAUGCAAUACUAUUAAUUUCAUAAUAAUUUAAAUUAAACUAUUGUUUGUAAUAAUAUUGAAUGUAUAAAGUAUGAAAAAGAUAUAUGUUGAAUAAAACAUUGAUUUUAAUAGUAAUACACUUUUUACAGAUGUGAACUAUUUUCUUGUGUAGUAAGUUCUGUGUGCGUUCUAAAAAUUGAGGCACCCCACGGGGAAACUUAAUGAGGCAAAUUCGGAAAAUUAACAAAACUACAAAAAUAAGCAUAAAAUAAAAAGAAAAUUUGUUGGUUUCGGUAGCAUAUCGAAUUUAAUUCACUCGUGAUCAUAGAAAAAAAUAUUUUCACUCGUGGCUACGCCACUCGUGAAAAUAUAAAUUUCUAUGAUCACUCGUGAAUUAAAUUCGAUAUGCUACCGAAACCAACAAAUAUC